GAGUGUCUCCGUCUCUCAUUCGUUCUGAUUCGAUUGCAAAACAAAACCCUAAUUUCUUUUUGUUUUUCAUUCUUGGAGAUCCAGAUUUUGAAUCUGGUUUUGAUUUUAUUGAGUUUUGGUAUGAGCUUUCAUGCAUUUCUCACAUUUUGGGCAUUGCAAAUAGAGGGUUUUAAAGGAGGAUGUCAGGGUUCGCUGUAGGUUACGCUUUAGCGCCGAAGAAACAGCAGAGCUUUAUCCAGGCUUCUUUGGUGAAUCUUGCGAAGCAACGUGGUAUUGAUCUUAUCCGUAUCGAUACGGAUAGGCCUCUGUUAGAUCAAGGUCCUUUCGAUUUGAUUCUUCACAAGUUAUCUGGUGAGGAAUGGAAGAAGCAGCUUGAGGAGUACUCGUAUAAGAACCCUAAUGUCUUUAUAAUUGAUCCUCCGGUGGCCAUCGAAAGGCUUCAUAAUCGAAUUUCUAUGCUCCAGGUGGUUUCUGAAUUGGAUAUUCCUCAGAAGAAUGAGACGUUCGGAAUACCUAAACAGAUUGUGAUCUACAAUUCAGGUGCAUUGUUGGAUCCGGCCUCACUGGAGGAGCUGAGGUUUCCGGUGAUUGCAAAGCCCCUCGUUGCUGAUGGUAGUGCCAAGUCGCACAAGAUGUCGCUCGUGUUCAACCGUGAUGGGUUGAACAAAUUGAAACCACCGAUCGUUCUGCAAGAAUUUGUGAAUCAUGGUGGAGUCAUCUUUAAGGUUUAUGUUGUUGGGGACUACGUGAAAUGCGUGAAGAGGAAGUCAUUGCCUGAUGUCACGGAAGAGAAAUUGGAGAGUUUGGAGAGCUCAUUGUCGUUCUCGCAGGUAUCUAAUUUGACUACUCAGGAAAGGAAUGACGAUAACUAUUAUGAGACCAUGCAUUUGGAUGAUACUGAGAUACCGCCACUGAGUAUCAUUACUGAUAUUGCUAGAGGGUUGAGACAGGCCAUGCGUUUGCAUCUUUUCAACUUCGAUGUCAUUAGGGAUUCAAGAGUUGGGAACCAUUACCUUGUGAUUGACAUUAAUUACUUCCCUGGAUAUGCUAAGAUGCCCUCGUAUGAGACUGUUUUGACAGACUUCUUUUGCGAAUUGCUUCACAAGAAGAAGAAACAAUCAGGAGGUUUGGACAAGGAAGAGACCCCAGCAGUAAAUCCUCUGCUCUGCAACAAGGAAGAAAGAAAGCUUGUAAGCAAUACUUGUUGCAAUGAUGGUGAUGAGGGGGCCCUCCCUGUUCCUUCUUUAACCAGGGAAGGAUCUGAGAGCACCGUCCAAAUCUGAGCAACGUCCAACUCCCCGAGUAAGUUUACAUGCAUGUGGAGCUUGCUGAGCGAGCAUUUGGAAGGCACUUACGCACCGAGAUGGAUUGAUGCAAGCUGGAGGUCUAAUUGCAAUGGAUAGGUUGAAAGCUUCAGAUUUACACUUCUCAAGAGCUUUUUUGUUUUUGGGUGUUCUAUUUUCAUCUUGUAUAUUCUUCCAUGUGCCAGAAAUAGGAAUUUCUCAAAUACUAAGUUUUGUGUUUUUUCAGGUUUCGUAGUUCCAUGCUUUGAAAAGUUCUUGCUAGUUUUGGCAUCCUUUAAUUCAUGGAAUUUUCCAUUUUAUCCAUUACAUUUUAU